AUGUUGGAACGGCUCAAGGCGCAGUCCUCCGGUGCUGGCCGGGGCCGGCUGCGUGCGCUGCUGGAUGCGGAGGGGACUGCACGAGAGAGCCCUUACUCCUGGCUGGUUUUCAGCAUAGUGGGCGCCCUGCAAACCCUCUACCAUGCACGGGCCGCAGCGGAAAACAGAGGAGGCUGCGAUGCCUUCCCGCUGGAGUUGCUGGCCAGCAGCCCGCCGCAGACUGUUUGGAUCCAGGAUGGGGUGGAAUGGACGCCAUCCCACAGUUCCAAUGCUGGCGCUUUCCAGCGCAAGCAGGUGGUGAACUGCGAGCCCAUGAAGCCGCUGGGUACACUUCGGAAGGGCGAUGGGCUGAUGUACAGAGGCAUCUGGCUGCCGGCAGAUGCAGAUGAGGACACCAUCCGCUAUCAGUAUUCCUUCCAGUCCUUCUCCCGGAGCAUUGAAGGUGUCAUGCGGGUACUGCGAUUCUACAGUGGCGUCGCAUCCACGAAGGCAGGGGAAGCAGCCAGGGCAGGGCACAUCCUGAUGUACAUCGGCCGGAGGCUCAGAGAGAGGCUGGCCGUGCCUGGGUUCCGCGUUAGGGUUUGA